CCGCUAGCAAAGCAGCAGUAUUUGCUCAUUGUCCCGGCCAACAUCACCGUUGGGACUGGGCCAGGAAUAUAAUGUCGUUAAGGACUGAAACCUCUCUUUGAAUUUGCAAUGUUCGUAUGGAACGCGGAAGCGAUGAGUGGUGUCAACGUCUUCAGCUGAUUCUCGAUAUAAGUCUUCAACAUCCGUCGAUGACAUCAGCCCCCGAGUGGUUCGAUCACAAACAAUCAACACAUCAUCAGCGACAACUAGUCCUAGCGUUGCCUUUGUUAUAAGCAGAGCGAUUACUGUGCAGACUUCCAUCACAGUCGGAGAUCCUGCACAAUGAGUGAGCAACACCCAAUAGCACAUCAGGCAGGUCCCGCCAUCACUACCGUUGCCGCCAGGUUACUCAAAUUCAGCCCAAGUGCCUGGCUCAAAUCAUGGCUUCUCUAUCUGGGUAUUCAGACACACGUCGGGACUAUGACGCAGCCGGAGAUGAAGCCGCUUCACAACAUCUGUGAAUAUCUUCAUGCACUUCACAUCUAUACCGAUGAAGCGCGGCGUGGAGAGGUGAGGACGGUUAGUGCCCAUCACUUCUGCUCGCAUGUCGCGAAAGAUCUACGGCAAUGCUUGAUCUACGAUUCGUGCAAGCCAGAUGCCCGUCUCAUUGGUGUCGAGUACAUGAUUCCGAAGGAACGAUACCUCAAGCUUGAUCCAGAGGAACAAAAGUUGUGGCACUCUCACGAGUUCGAAGUCAAGUCUGGUAUGCUCGUGCUCCCAUAUCCCGAGUCUCAUCGACACCGCAAAGACGCCUGGGACGAGCUGGAGACCAAGGCCAUGGAGGAAGUGGUCAAGCUUUACGGAAAACUCUAUCAUUUCUGGGAAGUUGACAAGGGCGAUGAGUUGCCACUAGGCUUGCCCAGAGUGAUGGGGUCAUUGACAGAAUUCAAGCAACUCGACGUCGACAAAGCCAUGGCACCCAGAAACAAGGAAGAAGGCAUAGAUCAGGCGAAGAAGCGGGAGUUGAGAGAACACAUCCCCUUGCCUGGUGUUCCACCAACUGCAGACAACUGGUGGAAAGAGGCCAAGGAGAACAAGAGAGGUAUCUAUGCAGAUUCUUAAAGGAUCCGUUGACGAAAGAGAGGGCUU